CGCUGGGAGGACGAAGGUUUCCGCCAGAUUGCUCUGAACAGAGUGGCUGUCCUGCUGCUGGCUGGCGGACAGGGCACUCGUCUUGGCGUGAGCUACCCAAAGGGCAUGUACCAGGUGGGACUGCCUAGCCAGAAGACCCUGUACCAGCUGCAGGCUGAGCGCAUUCGGCGUGUGGAGCAGCUAGCCAGCGAGCGAUAUGGGACCCGCUGUACUGUGCCCUGGUACAUCAUGACAAGCGAAUUCACUCUGGGGCCCACAGUUGACUUCUUCAGAAAGCAUCAUUUCUUCCACCUGGACCCUGCCAAUGUGGUCAUGUUUGAACAGCGCAUGCUGCCUGCAGUGACCUUUGAUGGCCGGGCCAUCCUGGAGCGAAAAGACAAGGUCGCCAUGGCCCCAGAUGGCAAUGGGGGUCUGUAUUCUGCCCUGGUGGACCACCAGGUGCUGGAGGACAUGGCUCUUCGAGGCGUGGAGUUUGUGCAUGUGUACUGCGUGGACAAUAUCCUGGUGCGCCUGGCAGACCCCGUCUUCAUUGGCUUCUGUGUGCUGCAAGGUGCAGAUUGUGGUGCCAAGGUGGUGGAGAAGGCUUACCCCCAGGAACCUGUGGGCGUGGUGUGCCAGGUGGAUGGCGUGGCCCAGGUGGUGGAGUACAGCGAGCUCAGCCCAGAGGUCACACAGCUGCGAGCACCUGAUGGGCGCUUGCUCUACAGUGCAGGCAACGUGUGCAACCACUUCUUCACCCGGGCAUUCCUGCACACGGUCACCAGGGAGUUUGAACCCUUGCUGAAGCUUCAUGUGGCCAUCAAGAAAGUCCCUUACAUGGACGAGGAAGGGAACCUGGUGAAGCCGCAGCACCCCAACGCCAUCAAGAUGGAGAAGUUCGUGUUCGAUGUGUUUCCGUUCGCAAAGAACUUUGUUGCCUUUGAGGUGCAGCGUGAGGAGGAGUUCUCCCCGCUGAAGAACUCAGACUCUGCUGACAGGGACAGUCCUUCCACUGCCCGGCGUGCCCUGCUUACACAACACUACUGCUGGGCCCUGCAGGCCGGUGCCCGCUUCCUGGAUGCCCAUGGGGCCUUACUCCCUGCAUCACCAGGGCUGCCAGACAGUGAAGACCCCCCAGCUGUCUGCGAGAUCUCACCCCUAGUGUCUUAUUCUGGAGAGGGUCUUGAGUUCCUGAGAGACAGGGUGUUCCAGUCCCCUCUCAUGCUGGAUGAGGUCCAGGCCCAGGCUCUGCGAUCCCAAGGGCCCUGA